UCCUGGCUCGGCGGCGCUCGGGCCUGAGGGGAGAAAACCGCGGCGGAGGGCGCUGGGGGCGGCGGCCGAGGUGUAGGAGGGUACGCCUGGGGGGGCGACGGGGACUCGGCGCGCCCCCGGAGGCGAACUCUGCGCCUCCGCCUCCGGAGAGAUGAACACGGCCGACAAGGCCCGGCUGGGGCCCGCGGCCGACGGGCCUGUGCCGCCCGGCGAGGAGGAAGGCGAAGGGGGCGGGAAGGAGCCGGCGGCGGACGCAGCCCCCGGGCCCAGCGCCGCGUUCCGCCUCAUGGUCACUCGGCGGGAGCCGGCUGUGAAGCUGCAGUAUGCGGUGAGCGGCCUGGAGCCGCUGGCCUGGUCGGAGGACCACCGCGUGUCGGUGUCCACGGCCCGCAGCAUCGCUGUUCUGGAGCUCAUCUGCGACGUGCACAACCCGGGCCAGGACCUGGUGAUCCACCGCACCUCGGUCCCCGCCCCGCUCAACAGCUGCCUCCUGAAAGUUGGCUCAAAAACAGAAGUUGCAGAGUGCAAGGAGAAAUUUGCCGCCUCUAAAGACCCCACCAUCAGCCAGACUUUCAUGCUGGACAGGGUGUUUAACCCGGAGGGGAAGGCCCUGCCCGCGAUGCGAGGGUUCAAGUACACUAGCUGGUCUCCCAUGGGUUGUGAUGCGAAUGGCAGGUGCCUCUUGGCCGCUCUGACCAUGGACAAUCGCCUGACUGUCCAGGCGAACCUCAACAGACUCCAGUGGGUCCAGCUGGUGGAUCUGACUGAGAUUUAUGGAGAGCGUUUGUAUGAAACCAGUUAUAGGCUCUCUAAAAAUGAGGCCCCAGGGGGGAAUCUUGGGGACUUUGCUGAGUUUCAGAGGAGACACAGCAUGCAGACCCCAGUCAGGAUGGAGUGGUCGGGCAUCUGCACCACUCAGCAGGUCAAGCACAACAAUGAGUGCCGGGAUGUUGGCAGUGUGCUCCUGGCGGUCCUUUUUGAAAAUGGCAAUAUUGCCGUGUGGCAGUUUCAGCUGCCGUUUGUAGGAAAGGAGUCCAUCUCUUCAUGCAACACAAUUGAGUCAGGAAUCAGCUCGCCUAGUGUUUUGUUUUGGUGGGAGUAUGAGCACAACAAUCGGAAGAUGAGCGGCCUUAUUGUAGGGAGUGCUUUUGGGCCCGUGAAGAUUCUCCCUGUGAACCUCAAGGCAGUCAAAGGCUACUUCACGCUGAGGCAGCCUGUUGUCUUGUGGAAAGAAAUGGACCAGUUGCCUGUGCACAGCAUCAAAUGUGUGCCACUUUAUCACCCUUACCAGAAGUGCAGCUGCAGCUUGGUGGUAGCCGCCAGGGGCUCCUAUGUGUUCUGGUGUCUUCUCCUCAUCUCCAAGGCGGGCCUGAAUGUUCACAAUUCCCAUGUCACAGGCCUUCACUCGCUCCCCAUUGUCUCCAUGACUGCAGACAAACAGAAUGGGACAGUGUACACUUGUUCCAGUGACGGGAAGGUGAGGCAGCUGAUUCCUAUUUUCACGGAUGUGGCAUUAAAGUUUGAACACCAGCUGAUUAAGCUCUCAGAUGUGUUUGGCUCAGUGAGGACUCACGGGAUCGCAGUGAGCCCCUGCGGUGCAUAUCUGGCCAUCAUCACCACCGAGGGAAUGGUCAACGGCCUCCAUCCUGUUAACAAAAACUACCAGGUCCAAUUUGUCACUCUCAAAACUUUUGAGGAAGCAGCUGCUCAGCUCCUGGAAUCUUCCGUUCAAAAUCUCUUUAAGCAGGUAGAUUUAAUAGACCUAGUUCGCUGGAAGAUUUUAAAAGAUAAACACAUUCCUCAGUUUUUACAUGAAGCUUUGGAAAAGAAAAUCGAAAGCAGUGGGGUCACCUAUUUUUGGCGCUUCAAGCUUUUCCUCCUGAGGAUUUUGUACCAGUCAAUGCAAAAAACUCCAUCGGAAGUCUUGUGGAAGCCCACCCAUGAGGACUCAAAAAUCCUGCUAGUUGACUCGCCUGGGACGGGCAAUGCUGAGGAUGAACAGCAGGAAGAGGGCACUUCCUCCAGACAGGUGAGCAAGCAGGAAAGGAGCAAAGACGGUGACACAGAAGACCCAGUGGAUGACUCGCUGCCCCCCUCAGGAGACUCGGGGGGCCGGGAGCCAAUGGAGGAGAAGCUCCUGGAGAUCCAAGGGAAGAUCGAGGCCGUGGAGAUGCACCUGACGAGGGAGCACAUGAAGCGCGUCCUCGGGGAAGUGUACCUGCACACCUGGAUCACAGAGAACACCAGCAUCCCCACCCGAGGGCUCUGCAACUUCCUGAUGUCUGAUGAUGAGUACGAUGACAGAACAGCACGGGUGCUGAUUGGACAUAUCUCCAAGAAGAUGAACAAGCAGACUUUCCCUGAGCACUGCAGUUUGUGUAAGGAGAUCUUGCCAUUCACAGAUCGCAAGCAAGCUGUCUGCUCCAACGGGCACAUUUGGCUCCGGUGCUUUCUAACCUACCAGUCCUGCCAGAGCUUGAUAUACAGAAGGUGUUUGCUUCAUGACAGCAUUGCCCGGCACCCGGCUCCAGAAGAUCCUGACUGGAUUAAGAGGCUGCUGCAAAGCCCUUGCCCUUUCUGUGACUCUCCUGUCUUCUGAGUGUCUGUGGUGGAAGAGGGAAGGGCAUGAGCUUGCUGUGGAGAACCCUGCAGCCUGAGGAGCAGGCCCCAGAGGAAGCCUGCCGUCGCCUGGGAGAGACGCUCUUGUGAACGUGAGGAGGGCCCCCCAGAGCUCAGUGCUCAAGUACCCGUGCCGUCUCCAGGGACUAAAGGAUAUCUUUUUCAAUGACCGGAUGCAGAGGGUUGGAGUCGUUUUGAGAUGAACCUUAGCCCCAGCCCCUUACCCAGUGAAGAACACUUAUUUUUCAAGUGUCUUGACGGAAACAGUUUGAACAAAAGGAAUGUCCUAUCAUUUCUAGGAACAUAAUGGUCUCUUCUAGGGAGUUUGUAUAAGGUUCAAUCCUUGCUUUGGUCUGGGACUGCCUUGUGGCUCCAGAGAGCUGACAUUACUUGGCACGUGGUGUUCCUUGUACCAGCAGAUACUCAAAGUGUCUCAAACCAUGCGUGUGCUGAUGCUUUGCUCUCAGUAAAUAGCUACAGAUCUGUAUCUCAUUGGCUCUUGUUUUUCAUGCAUAUAGAAAAUGUUUUCCUGAAACUCUUUAUAUUUUUAAGAAGUUGAAGCCAAGGCUAAAGUCAGUUUUAAAGUAUCAGAUGGUCAGAUGACCAUUGGAAGUUAAUGACUGUGACUUAUUUUUCUCUCCUGUGUCAUCAGAUUUCCUGAUUCAGCUCCUAAAUGUAUAAAGAUGUCCAGUGCUGCAGUUCACCCUGUCAUGGCCCUGCUUCAGACUUAACUGUGGUAACCUAGAUAUUUUGUGUAUAGAAGAAAAAAUGUUUUCCUUUUAGUAUGAAAUUGAAAUUUGAGUAUUUUUAAUGUCACAUUUUCAGGCGUCUCACUGAGUGUCCGGGAGAGUUUGCCAGGGACUUUGGAGAGAGAUGGGAAGCUAGGCAGUAGUGCCCUCGAGCCUGGUGCUAUCGGUGUGUAUGGCUCAGGUGAACAGAGCCUGGCGACUUCUUGCCUCUGUGGAGGGCCUUCAUAUUUGCCACAUAGGUCUUUUUCUGUGGGCUAUGAAGGGGAGACAUCAGACACCAGUUUUAGAUUAGUCCCUCUUAAAACCUAAAGUAAGACAUUCUGGAAUUAGUGCUCUUGGGUGUGUGUCCUAGGGACUGGUGCUAGUUGACUGAACCGUAACGUACACCUUUUGAAAUGGUAUGUAUUUCAGGAAGGUUGGAUGGGAAAUACAAAAUAUGAAAUUUUGUACUCUGCUGGGCUCAAACUCACAGCAGUCCUCCUGUCUCAGCCUCCCUAGUACUGGGAUCACAGGUGUGCGCCACCACACCUAGCUCAUACUCAGUUUUCACGCUGUCUUUUUUGCCUUUAUUCUGACAUGAUUUCCUGCUCUUACUUCGUAUCCGUAGUGAAAGACAUUUAGCCCUCAUUUCAGACAUAACGUCUUGCUGUUUGGAGACCAGUGUAAGAGAGACACGUGGGCCACAGGCCACUGUCCACACCACACUGCUGCUCCCCCACUGUUGCCGUGUCCUGGAGUUGAGCCCACAAAGCUGCUUCCAAACACUGCUCUGCAAUGUCUUCUUCCUGACCAAAUUGUUCUUUUAUCUCCUGUCUUUAUGUAUUUGUUGGAGUCCUUUGCUUGUUUUCCUCAUGGUGGUAGUAAUUUCAAAAAAGUGUUUAUCUAGACUUUAUGGGUCAGCAUGGUAAAUUGAUUUCAAGAAAUGGAACCAAGCAGCAUUGAAAUCAUGAGUGACACAGUUGAGAACCUUGUGUAGGUGAAGGCAUUGUGCCUGCAGCGUUUGCACUUUACAAUAAAUAUGACAAUAGAAAUUGAGAUGUCAAGCACCUGUUGCAUUUUUUUUUGGUAUCGGGGAUCGAACUCGGAUCCUUGGGCUUGCGCAGCAGGCCACAAAACCACUGAGCUAAAUCCCCGGCCUACCUGUUGCAUUUUUAAUAAUCAUGGGAUGCUUAAUUUCACUGGCUUCUUUGUUCCAAAUCAGAGUCUGUAGGAGUUUGUUCUUACUGCCAUUUAAAACUUACGUUACAUUUUCAUGUAAAGCAGUUGUGCAUUUUUUAGAAAAUUCAGCUAUUAAGAGUAACCAGAAAGGAUCUCUGAGCUUACGUUGUGUCUGUGAGAGUGAAGGUGGCAGCUGUUUUAGUGGAACUUAGGGUUAGAGAAAUCCCAGCAGGGGCCGGCCCUGGGGGAGUUCUCGGGACUCUGAAAUCCAGCCUCAGCCUCCAGCACCCUUUUCCCACCCAGGAGGCUCAUCCAGAGGUGCGCCAGCGAGAGGAGAGUUUUGGCGAACGGCAGCUUUACAAACACCGUGCUUCUGAAUUUUUCGGAGGGUCAGCGUACCCAACCUUCCCGUUGAUCAGUGCGACUUGGAAAAGUGCCAGUGACUCUGGGAUCUUCUCAUUGCCUCUUCCAGCUGAAACUCAGCAUACCCUAGGCCUUCCCAGCUUUUACCUGGCUGGUGGAUUUCAAGUUGAUUUCAGCUGUGACUGUAAUGUCUGUUUCAGGAACGGGGGAAAUACCAGAAGUGAUAUGGCAUUUAAAGUGUGGGAACAAAGAUUCCACACGGUUAGACCUUUCAGGCUACAACAUUGUUGCCUUUUGAAGUCUGAUAUCCUGUGUGUGCCACAUUUUCUCUGCCUGGGGUUAAUUUGUUCCCAUUAUUCUAGAUAAGGAAUUGAUAGCUUGUUAUGCUUGAUAUUCAUGCUGAAAUCCUCAUGUGUCCACCACCCAGACUUCAAGCAGUCUCUACCUACUAUUAUAUCUGCCAAAACUACCAAUUAUUUUUCAGUGUCAGGAGUUAUUAGGACCACUGGCAAAGCUCGUGGUUGAAUGUGACAUUUUUCUGCUUCUUCCUCUUAAGUUUUGAGAGUAUUUAUGUUGCAGUAUGUAUGUCGGACCUAUUGGCAAGUUUUAACGGGUUGAAAGAAUGUUAAAAGAUUAUGAUCAAGUAUUAAAAUAUAUCUGGUUUUAAUUACAGUGGUGUCAAAUAAGACGAAAAAGAGAUCAGUGCUUACUGGUGCUUGUUAAGAGGGAUGCAGUGCUGGUUUUGUGAGUGCCUGCUCGCCUGGCAGCCACAGAGCCACUCUGGGCUGCAUGAGUUGCUGCAGGUGGAGCCCAAGUCCUGUCACUGCCCAUCCCCGCAGGGUCCCUGCCGCAGGAUCUGCCCGCCUUUUUUUCCCAUCUUGCCAUUUCCAUUGCUUUAGUUCCCUCGGCUUGAGGAUGUGUUCAGAGCUAACAUUCCUCCUUUGAAAGAAGAAUGGAUAAGUGCUAACAUUUCUAAAUGCUGCCUAUGGCCAUGCCAUCCUGAACAUGCCUGAUCUCCUCCAAAGGCUAGGUCACAGAGGGGGUGUGCCUUCCUAGAAGAAACUGCUGACCAUGACUGUUGUUUCUCAGGCCGACAGUGUUGGUUGUUAAUAGGCCAGUGGGCUGUUUCUGGCUUCCUUUAGAGCUUUCAGUGAUAAUUUCCUGUCAGCGUGCAGUGACUGGCCUGAUGGGUGGUGGAGUUUAGCCUGCUCCCACCCAUCACCCCGCCCCUGGCAGUGUCGUUCUUCACAAGCAAAGUUGCGGUUAGAGCUCAGGCUGAUACUCAGAAUUGGCACAGGCAGCAGCACGCCAGACAGAGCAACAGACCUCUUUAUGACGAACGGUGCACUGUCUUGAGGCUCUGCAACUCUCGGCCCUCGCUAUCCAGGUUGUCAGGUGUAAAAGACGCCUCUGAAGAGUCUGUUUCUGUUUAGUUCUUGGCACAAGGAUCAGUGACGCCCUUGAGCAGGUUGUCGAUGUCUCCAGGCUCUCAUGGGAAUGAGGCUGAACUACUCUUGCUUGGAGCCAAGAAGUUUCUGAAGUUAACACCUGCUUUAUGUCUGCUAACGUUGUGUCUAACUGCAGAGCGUGUGAAAUGUAUCCAUACAUGGAAGGAGCAGGCUGCCCUGCAAGAAUGCAGUGUCACUCAUCUCCAGACCUGUGGCAUCUCCAGGCCCUGAAGCAGCACUUUUUCCUGCACUGUGACCUUGCCCCACAGCACAGGUGGAAAUCAUUAUAAGGGUGUGGGCUUCUGCCUGCUUAUAGUUUUUAAGUGGUGAUGUUUCCUGAAGACUUGCUAUGAAAAUCAGUAAAUUUAUCAGAGGAAUAGCUCCAUAGGGAAGCCCUGUAAAGGUUCUUUUGGUGUGUGAAUGUUUUCCCCGGCCUCAUGGUGGGGUGCCACCUGUAGCUGGCUCCCAUACUUUGUUCUCUGGACUCAGCCACCUCUGAAAAAGCCCCACCUAUGACCACAUGAGGCUUUGGGAGCCGUCUAGACACAGCCAUAACAGGGUCCCAGUCAGUUUGUUCCGAACAGUGUACAUAGUUUACCGCCAGGGUCUAUCCCUAUUCAUUCUGGGCUUGGGAAGAAUGAAGGGAAGAAUCAUAAUGGUACAGGCUGCCUAGCUGAGACACUGUAACGGGUGGUAGAAUCCGGUCUCAGAGUCUGUUAUAAAUCUCAUGUUUAUCUUUAAAAGUUCCUUACCUUGCUGUCAUCAAAUCCUGUUACUUUCAUAAAGAAAAGAUCCUGUAAAAUACUCACAUUGGAGACAUUUUGAAUUUGAUCAGUUUACAUUUGGCUAACAGACGGUAAGGGUUAGGGUGUGUGCUCAUUUGCACGCUCUCUCGCUCUCUCUCUCUCUCUCUCUGGUACUAAUGAAAAAUUAAAUGCAAAAUGUCCUAUGAAUUAUGUCUUUUUCAAGGCUUUGGCUCAGAUCUGUACUUUGAUAUAUGAAAUGAAAGUGAGAUCAAACUUGUUUAUACAGAAUAAGACUAGAAAAACAAGUCUGUGUUGUGUAUAGUGAUACAUAUUUUAUGUUUACCCAGUGCCUGUGCUAAACUUUGUGCUUGGCUUUGAAUUAUAUGUAUGUUUACACCUGACAUUUUUUGAAAUAAAAAGAAAAACUUAAGGGUAUGGAGAGGAGUUUUUUUUUUUCAAUUUUUACCAUCUAAUUUGGCAGUAUGUUUAAAACUUUUAGUGUUUAAAUUAAAAAGUUUAAUAAUAAUAAGAUAUUUUGCUUGAAACAGUGCCCAUUCCAGAAAAAGUGCUUGCUUCUCUCGCUGUGUGUUCGUAGCCAGUGCUUGUUAUUAGAGUGGAAGCUCCUUGGGCUGGGAACGGCUCCACCUUCAUCAUCCUGCAGCGCUUAACAGGCAGUGCCUCUUGCAGGGCAGGUGCCAGUGAUAUGCAGAGUGAGCAGCAUCCUGCCCCCUGCCAAGUGUGAUGGACACCGCGAGGCACCCAUAUGGGAGGAGCCAGGUUCUGCCUUCAGUCAGCCUGGGUUUCUGGGGUUGAACCAGAUAGUGCCAUGUCCUCAGUACUCUUUAACCUCCUUUUCCUGAAGAUAAAUAUGUCAGGCCUGAGCCUGUGUGCAUGCGUCGUGCGUCCAUCUGUGUGCGUGCCUGUGUGUGAGUGUAGUACAGGCAAUGAACAGCUCUAAGCUUUUUCUAAUAUUAUUGCUGAGGCUUCUGGGAAGAUUAUAGAGAAAAUGGAAUGGAAAUUUGGGGAAGACUUGUCAGCAUUCAGGCCAUGUGUCGAUCUUUUUAGUUAUUACUGAAGUACAAAGGAAUGGUUCCUCAUUUCUUUGCCUGUAAGCUGGGUGCCAGUGAGCCAGUUCACGAAAGACCAUUGGCUUUCGGCUUUUUCUCCUUUCAGAUUCUCAGUGGAUCUGCCUCAUUUGUUCAUAUGGUUCUAGUACAGCAGCUAGUAAAGUCGCUGUGAAUAUUUAGUGCCAUGCAAAAUGGCACUUUGUCAAUGUGAAAUAACCUCAAAUAUGCUCGUUUUGCAUGCAGAUACACUAGUAUUGUUACUUUGGGCCACUUUUAAAAUUCAAAAUAAAUAACAGAAGCACUUGGA